AUGGAGGUCACAACUCACAUAGCCAUUGUUUCAGUCCCAGUAUACAGCCAUCUACGCUCAAUUCUUGAGUUCUCUAAGCGACUAGUUCAUCUCCACCGUGACAUUCAUGUCACAUGCAUCAACCCUACAUUUGGUUCACCUUGCAACAACACCAAAGCCCUUUUUCAUUCUCUUCCCUCAAACAUAAGCUACACGUUCCUACCACCAAUUAACAUGGAGGACCUUCCACAUGAUACUCACCCCGCAAUCCUAGUUCAAGUCACCAUCUCUCGUUCUCUACCACUAAUCCAUGAUGCAUUGAAGACACUACAUUCUAGCUCAAACCUCGUUGCAAUCAUUUCUGACGGUUUGGUAACACAAGUGUUACCCUUUGGCAAGGAACUCAAUAUCUUGUCCUACACAUAUUUCCCAUCCACGGCUAUGUUACUAUCACUGUGCUUGUAUUCUUCCAUGCUAGACAAGACAAUUACUGGUGAGUACAGAGACCUAUCAGAACCUAUAGAGAUUCCUGGUUGCAUACCAAUUCGUGGGACUGAUCUACCUGACCCUCUUCAAGAUCGAUCAGGUGUAGCAUACAAGCAAUUUCUUGAAGGUAAUGAAAGAUUCUAUUUAGCUGAUGGUAUAUUGGUUAACAACUUUUUUGAGAUGGAAGAAGAGACCAUAAGGGCCUUGCAACAAGAAGAGGGAAGAGGAAUCCCUUCUGUAUAUGCAAUAGGACCCCUUGUGCAAAAGGAGUCAUGCAAUGAUCAAGGAAGUGACACAGAAUGUUUGAGAUGGUUGGACAAGCAACAACACAAUUCUGUCUUAUAUGUUUCCUUUGGAAGUGGUGGCACACUUUCUCAAGAUCAAAUAAACGAGCUUGCUUGGGGUUUGGAAUUGAGUGGUCAAAGAUUCUUGUGGGUGUUAAGACCACCAAACAAGUUUGGCAUUAUUGCGGACAUUGGUGCUAAAAAUGAGGACCCUUCAGAAUUUUUACCAAAUGGGUUUUUGAAGAGAACACAAGGGCGUGGUUUGGUGGUACCUUAUUGGGCAUCUCAGGUUCAAAUCCUUGCUCAUGGUGCAAUUGGUGGGUUCCUAUGCCACUGUGGUUGGAACUCCACACUUGAAAGUGUUGUGUAUGGGAUUCCACUAAUAGCAUGGCCACUCUUUGCCGAGCAAAAGAUGAAUGCUGUUUUGUUAACUGAUGGUUUGAAAGUGGCUCUUAGGGCUAAGGUAAAUGAGAAGGGGAUUGUGGAAAGGGAAGAGAUAGGUAGGGUCAUAAAGAAUCUACUGGUGGGGCAAGAAGGUGAGGGAAUUCGCCAGAGAAUGAAAAAGUUGAAAGGUGCUGCUGCUGAUGCAUUGAAGGAUGAUGGAUCCUCCUCAACAAUGACCCUAACACAGUUGGCAUUAAAGUGGAAAAACUUAAGCUUGGGGGGUUGCAUAAUGUAA